AUGAGAUAUGGGCAUCUACCUACUAAAAUUUUGACUGGAACAACACCUCAGGUUGGGGCUAAGGACUCUAUUUGGUGGAGGGAUAUUUUGAGCAUAGGCAGAACCGCUGAUGAGGAUUGCUUCAAAUCGAAUGUGGGUUGUUGCGUUGGUGAUGGUAAUGAUAUCGGAUUUUGGAAAUUCAAGUGGUUUGGAAAUAACAGUUUUGGUGAAUUAUAUCCUAAUCUGUAUGCAAAAGAAGCUUUUAAGGAUGUUUUGAUCUCAGAUAGGUUGAGUCGAAAUGGAAUGGAUACCGAGUGGCAUUGGCAGUGGUGUGAAGAACUUUCUGACAAUGACGUACAUCAUCUUCGAGCUCUUAAGCAACUUUUACUUGAUUGUCCUUUUGAUCAAGCGAGGUCGGAUAGAUGGCGGUGGGUGCCGGAUUCGGUUGGCCUCUUUACGGUUAAAUCGUGUUAUAGUUUGUUGCUUCAAUAUUCUAACACGGUUGUUUUGGAGUCAAAUGUUUUGGAUGCUAUCCAAAAGCUUUGGAAAAACGAUGUUCCAUCUAAAGUUAAUAUUUUUGGUUGGAGAUUGCUUCUAGAGAAGCUUCCUACGCGGGCAGCCCUUCAUCAUAGAGGUAUUUUGAAUAAUCCGCAUGAUAUUUCUUGUAUUUUUUGUUAUAUGCAAAUGGAAGACUGUUCCCAUCUAUUCUUCAAUUGCUCUUUUGUUAAAGGUGUGUGGGAAACUAUAUAUAGAUGGUUAGGACAGAGUUUACCGACAGGUUUGGAAGGUUGGAAUCACUUUUUAUCCUUUGGUUCUUUGGUUAAAUCAAGAAAAGGUAAUCGGAUUCGUCAUUUGAUUUGGUUGGCUACUACAUGGUGCUUAUGGAAGCUUAGAAAUAAUGUUGUUUUUAAUAGAGACUUACCGGAUGCUUUCAAACUUGUAGAUGAUAUUAAAACUUUUUCUUGGUUUUGGUUUAAGGGUCGUUUUGGUCGUAAGUCCUCUUUCUCUUUUUCUGAAUGGUGUUUAGAUCCUAUUGUAUGUCUUCAAAGCAUACUAUAA